UUCUGUGGCCACGUGAGCUGCUUCACUGACCUUUAGUUUCAUGGGGAUGACCAGUAAUGACCAGACAACAUCUGGAGUGAUUCAUGAACGGGUGUCAGUCUAGAUUAAUGUGUGUUUGCUGUACUGGACUGACUGACCCAGGAUCAGUGCGAGUGGCUGAUGGCGGCUCUGCGGCGGAUCCUGAGGCGCGUCUCGCCUCUUCUUCAGACUGUGAGGAUCUGCAGAUCAAACAGCCACAAAACUGAUGAUUUCCUGAAGAACGAGGCGGUUCAGAGGCGCAUUAAACGCGUGAUGGACGAGCACGAGACUGUCACCAGCCGUCUAGAGAGCGAUCAGCUGACCGACACUGACCGGAGAACUCUGAACCUGCGGCUGGCGGAAGUGACGAGGGUGAUGGACACGAUUGAGAGAUCAAGAGAAGCGCUGAGAGAACUGGAGGAGAUACACACUCUCAUUCACAACACGGCAGCUGAAGAGCAGCAGAUGCUUUUGCUCUUGCGAGAGGAACAUGAAGAUCUGAGCAGGAGGAUAGAGCAGCUGAACAGGAAGCUGAUCGAGGCGCUGGUUCCCGACGAUGAUCUGGACGACAGGAGCGUUGUGCUGGAGGUGGCGGCGGGACGGACCACCGGAGGAGACAUCUGCCAGCAGUUCACGCGAGAGAUCUUCGACAUGUACCACGGCUUUGCCUCCUACAAAAACUGGGACUUUGAGCUCUGCAAUUACACUCCGGCAGAAUACGGAGGGCUUCAUCACGCCUCCGUCAGGAUCUCAGGUGACUCAGUGUAUCGCUGGCUGAGGUUCGAGGGCGGGACGCACCGAGUGCAGAGGAUUCCUGAAGUGGGUCUGUCGUCACGCAUGCAGCGCAUCCACACGGGAACCAUGACGGUCGUCGUGCUGCCGCAGCCGCGUGAUGUCGACGUUCACAUCGCGUCCAAAGACCUGCGGAUCGACACGUUCAGGUCACGCGGCGCGGGCGGACAGAGCGUCAACACCACCGACAGCGCCGUACGGGUGGUUCACCUGCCCACAGGAACCGUCGCCGAAUGUCAGCAGUUUCGCUCUCAGCUGAAGAACCGCGAUACGGCGCUGCGUGUGCUCCGCGCGCGGCUGUACCAGAGCAUCAUGGGACAGCAGAGAGAGCAGACGCACACCGCACGCAGACAACAGGUGGGCACUCGAUGUCAGUCGGAGAGAAUACGCACUUAUAACUUCAGCCAAGAUCGAGUGACGGACCACAGGAUUGGUCAUGUGAUGCGUGACAUCAAGGCUUCAACAGCAAAUUGUCUGAGAUUUUCCCAAAUCAAGGCCAUAUUCGAGUCUCUCAUCUGCUUGUGUUGGUCAGGCGUUCCUGCGGGGCGGCGAGACUCUGGAGGAUCUGCUCAGACUCCUGCAGGACAGACAUCACCUGCUCAAACUGAACAACAUCAGCUGAUCCAUGACAUCAGUCAUGAGGAUUUGAGCUCAUAUUGUACAUAUCUCCUGUCAUUAAACUAUAUUCCACAUAUGUGUAAGUGGCGUCAUGUCUUAACACAGAACCUCCAGUAAAUGCUGAAGCUCAAACAUCCACAUUUGAUUAGUUUUUGUUAAAAAUAAGACUAAGGUGUGCUGAAUGACAGAUUACUGCAGGUCAAAACUGUGUAUUUACAUCAAAAUAGUGUUUUUUUAUUUGUAUAGAGCUUUUCAUAAAACACGAGCAGCUUUAUAGAAAGUCAUACUUUUAAUGUUUACACUUUAAUGCCUUAUAUUGAGAUGAAAUAUGGCAUAUAUUUUGUAGUAUAUAUAUCACAUUAUGCGAGUAAAAGUUGGAUAUACGUGUGAAUUAAAUAUUUCAUUUUGUGGA